AUGGGAACGGGGCCUGCUCUGUCUGCUAUGGACCCUCAGGACACAGACACUCUGUGGUUGGACUACCACCAGAACAUCGCUGACCAAUCAGUGAGCUCCAUCGACACGUACCUGACUCAGUUUCCUGACAUUAAGGCCCGCAUAGCCAAGCGCGAUAGGAAGAUGGUGGACUUCGACAGCGCCAGGCAUCACUUCGCCUCCUUACAGAAAGGAAAGAAGAAAGAUGAGGCCAAGAUCGCCAAGGCUGAGGAAGAACUGGGUCGAGCUCAGAGGAUUUUUGAGGAACUGAACGUGGAACUGCAGGACGAACUUCCUGUUCUGUGGGACAAUCGUGUGUGUGUCUAUGUGAACACAUUUCAGAGUCUGGCAAAUCUGCAGGAGAAGUUUCACAAAGAAAUGAGUAAGCUGAGCCAAAACCUGAACGACAUCAUGACCAAACUGGAGGAGCAGCGGCAGCUGAAAAGAGAAGGUACUGCAGCCAAGACACAGGAGGCUGCAAAGAGUGAGGAAGCCAAUCACAGCGAGUCCGCCAGCUCGGCACCAAAGAGGCCCGGCCCCCCUCCCAGCAGACCCCCACCCAGACUGACGCCAUCCCCAGACCAGAGAGCCGGCGGUCUGUUGGACGACGCUAACGCUAACGCCGCUAACACCACGACAACGCAGGGUGCGGUGACCAACGGCUCUGAUGAUCAACUUCCUCCUGGAUUCCUCUACAAGGUCAAAGCUGUCCAUGAUUACGCUGCCACUGACGGAGAUGAGCUGGAACUGAAGGUUGGAGACAUGGUUCUGGUUUUAGCCUUCGAUAACCCAGAUGAACAGGAUGAUGGAUGGCUGCUGGGCCUGAAAGAGUCCGACUGGGUUCAGAAUAAAGACACUUCAGCCAAAGGAGUUUUCCCCGAGAACUUUACCCAGAAGGUUUGAGGUUAACGCCACGGGAAGCUUCUGCCUCCUACUCCUCAGAUAUCAGAUCAAGAAAAGACACAAUUUGUCCUAAAAUGAGAGGUUCGAGCUAAAAUAGAGAUCUGCCCGGAAAUAUACAACAAUAUGUCAGUGGUUCGAACCAAGUGUUUGUGCACGAGGCACGAAAAAGUUCAGAAAUCAGGUUUGUCCCCGUAGAAUUCCUCAAAUAUUUUCUGUUUUGAUUUCUAAUUCCUGAGUUAUUUGUAUUUUUGUUCAACUUCAGCUGUACUCAAAACAGUCUGUUAGUCAUAUUUAAAAAGGGGGUUUUAAAGUCAGGAUUGAACUAAAUGUACUAAUGUCCAAAUAUUUUAUGUUGUGUAUUUUUUUUCACAGUGUCUUGCAUGAAGCAUUUGAUCAUAUUGUCAUUUACUGUACAAACAUUAACACUGCAACAUUGUAGGAUUGUGUUGGGG